GACCCGUGCAACAGCCGCCGCGAGCUGCCAAUCGCAUAGUGCGCGCAAUGCAGCCGCGAGGACUCCGAGUCGCCAAAGCUCAGUGGCCGCGCUGCGUGCAAGGAGCGAGCCGAGAACCGCGAGCUAUGCGGCGAUAUCGAGCUGCCCGGCGCGUAUGCACGUGCAUCGCUGGCCGAGCACCGCGGCGGGCGGUGGCCAUGCAGGGCCUCGUGAGCCAAUGCCACCGGGUGCAAUGGCGGACGGGCAAAGCCGGGCUGGGGAGCGAUGACGUCGCGCAGGUUCUGGCGCUCGCGCGUCAGCACCACCGCUACCAGGACAGCGGUGGCGCCCAGGAACAGCACACACAGCACCACCCACGCAUUCAGCGUCACCCACACCCACCGCAGGGCUGUCGGGUUGCUGCGCGCAAACCAGCACAUGUUGAGGUCCGUGUCGCGUGUCGCCGUCCCCAUCAGCGCCGGCAGCAGGCUCAGCACAAACGAUGCAGCGCCGGUUGCUGCCGAAAACACCAGAUCUGUCCGCCUCGCAUGCCGCAUGGGCACCGGCGCCAGACUGCGCAGGCGCAACGCCGACCGCGCAGCAAAGGACGGUCAGGAAGAACACGUAGAACAGCUGGAUCCACUGGUAGAAAAACAGCGUUGCACUGCACUGACUAAAGGUCGUGUUCAGAAUCCACAGUAUGUGCAAAAGACAGUCGACGCAUGCCAGCACCGCGAUUUUGCUCGAUGGAAUCCGCGCUAUCCGCCGCUUCUCUGGCGGCUGCGGCCAGAUCCGCCUAUGUACAGUGGCCACCAGAUCCGCCAGCUUUUGCCGCACGGGGCUGUGGCUUUGAAUCUCCACCUGUGUGGGCCGUGGGUUCAGGCGCCCUGUAUGCUUGCGAUGUGCUGCUGCCGAUCUGGAUGUUCAGCCCAGUCGCGUAUUGCGGCGGCGGCGGCGGCUGGAAGAAGCUCACUGUGUUGUGCAGAGGCGUGGCCAGUGAUGACUCGCAGGAAAAUGUCAUCGGCUGCAGUGGGAUACUGGUCGCCUGUGCGCUUGCGUCCAGCAGCUGCCGCUGGUGCGCCCGGUACUGCAUCAAAGUGCAGAUAUAGGACACCACCACUAUUAGCGAUGAUACCGCCGAUAUGCUGCUGGUUGCUAUUGCUGCGUACCGUACUCCGGCGAUAAAAUCCGCCAUGUUUUCUGUUAGCUCGUAAGGUGCAAGGGGAAGAGUAGGAGGAAAGGGAGGAAUUAUAUGGAUUCUGAUAGGCUACCAAGGGGGAUGCGUAGUGUUUUUCCCGCAUCCCUCCGUAACCAGAUAACCCUAUCUCUAGCAACACCGAGGGAAGAUACAAAAACUAUAGACAACAUUCUUGUUCUGUUUCGUUUGCGCAUAGA